AAGACUUCUGAGCGCCCGCUCCGCACGCAAAAGCAUUUUUUUUUUGUAAAACUAUCUAAAAAUUCGCAACCAUCAAAAUGCGAAGAAAAAAGCCGGAGCCAUUUCUUUAUUCUCAGGCUGAGGCCGUCGAGGAUCUUUGUGCCGAUGAUCCUAGCAGCACGUCGGCGGGCGCGACAAGUUGUCGCUUGCGAGUAGGCUCUCCGUCCUCCAGGCCCUCUUCACGACCAGUUGUGACGCGGCAGGAGGCGCCAGCAACUGUACCUAGGCCCUCAGAAACAGAAUCAGACCUUCGUGCAGCUGACUACAGUGUCCCGAUUGCUAAUGCAGGAAGCCUUAUUGUAGGCGGUAUUCGACGACGGGGACGGCACCGACUUCAUAGUAAAGUGCAAAAAGAAUUCCUUGAUGCUCCCGGCAGCACCGCUGGCGCCAGGAGCAAUAUAAUCACGCCAGCACCAUGCACCGCAGCAGGGCUUUCGUUCAAAACCACGACGAAAAAGAGUAGUGCGAGCCGAAAACGAUAUCAAUCACGUUGCAGCUUUGUACAAGGUCAAGUAGAUGAAGCACAGGACGAGGCGAUGAGUCAUCAUGCUGAUGGUAUGUGUAGCUGUAGCACCACGAGGCACAGGAGCGGCAACACGUCUAAUUCGAACAUCGAACAGCCACGACAAACAAGCUAUGUGCAGGUGAAGUCAGCAGUCGUAGCUCGCAAGAACACGCAGGAACGUCAUCGCGGUGGAGAAAAGCAAUGUCUUCCCUCGUCCACGAUUGAGCGUUCAUAUAUCAUUACCUCAGAAAGAAAAGGCAAGCAUAUCGCAACCACCUCCAGCGAAGAAGGAGGUGCAGCAGCUACGAUAGAGAUAGUAGAGGACCACGUAGCCGACUCUACCAAAGCACCUACAGUUAUAUCCGAUCUGCAGAGGCAGGCACGCGAAGAUCCACGCCAUCGCUCAGACAUUCCUCCGAGUAUUAGCUGGUGGGCAUCGACGCGUUCGCUUUGCAGUAGAGGAUUCGCAAAAAGCUAUAAGCACCCUUCGCAACGCACAGAGCCGCAUCUCCUUGAAAAUGCAAAGGCCCAGGAGCAGGAUCAUCUUCACGCAGCUGGUUUUUGGUCCAAGAACGGCAUGCAGGCUGCAAUUCUGAGUUGCGGCAAGCCUUUCGCGGGCCUACUUCUACACCGAGCUUUAUCUGGAAAAGGAGUCUGGUGUUCGGCGGCAAAUCAACUACUUCAUCUUCUUCCAAGGAGACAUAUUAGAAGACAGAAGGACAAGCUGCAGCUCCUGGAACAUCAAGCCCCGACGUCUGGGGGAAGGCUUAUUUUCGCGAAGAUGGUCGUCUUGGCCCUUUGCGUCGCGAUCCAUGAGCUACUACCUUCGCGAACCAGACUGGAGACAUUUGUACGCAGCUCGUCCUCAAGCUACUACACUCAUCUUACAGGAGUAGAGCGCCCUAAUCCUAAAGGUGCUGUUCACUCUGCAGCAGAGGUUCUGUCUGACACAACCUCACGACAAGCGUCGUCCUUUACAGAGCAGAGUCAAUUCGAUUUGGAUAGCCGAGACGACUACGACUCGCCGGUUUUUUAUUCCGCAAGAAGCACCCUCCCGCACAGUGCCGCGACAACGCCACCCGGGGAGGCAGAAGAACAACAGCCGGCUCGGCAUCAAGUAGGCGUGGGCCACACUACACCAGGUGAUUUUGGAUGCCGCGAAAGUAGAACCCAAGGACAAGGAGUAUCUACUUCCGCCCGAUCAGCUGCGACGAGUAUUAGGCCGCCCGUCGGUGCUGUUGCGGAAGGACAUGAAAAGAUUUUUUUCCAAGAAAACUCAUGCCCAGGACAACGACAAGGAGUUCCAACAGGAGAAAGGUCUGCCGCGUCCUACUCUCGCGUCGGGCGAAGGCCUGACGCUGAUCGCCGCACUUCGCUGCACGACGUCCCAGAAACCGCCGUUCUGGAUGUGGAUGCAGAUGGGGAAGAAGUUGUGGCUACAACAACCACGACACGAAAUAAUCAGGUGUCUCCUCCACUUUCCGCUCCUACCCCGAUCAGUAGAGCGCCUACGUCGCAGCAGAAUCACCAGCUAUUCGGCUCUUUCAUUAUCGGAGCUGCCGCUGCUCCUGCGGCGCCAAGUGUGGAAGUUGUGACCGGGCUAGUACCAGAACACGACCACGUUUCCGACCACGGGGCGAGUCUAGAAGUAGAUGAACCACAGAUGGUACAGGACGACAUCACUGCUGAUCAGUCAGCGGGGGAGCCUGUAACAUCCACAACAUCAGGUAGAUCAUCUGAAGAUGAACAAAUUAACCAGUACCUGGAUCAUGAAGAGCAAUUGAUGGCGGAGAACGUGGUUGACGCAGCGCAGCCCAAUGCAGUAGACAACUUGGAUAUUGGACAAGAGCACCUGCACCCCUUGGACCGGCUCAUUCCGCGGUUCCACGGGUCGGACAUUGAGGACCAGCAGGCGAUCGCCGGCGGCAUUGACGCGAAAAACGCCCGCACGAAGGGGGAGCAAUGCGAUGUGCCGCUCGAAAUUUUCCUCGACUACGCCAGCCCGCCACGAACGCCGGACGUGUGCACGGUGCGGUUUAUCGGGUCCGAAGAGCUGGCGAAGCAGGGGGAGACGCCGGGAUUCGACUUCUACUUCACCGACUCGCUCCACAAAGUCCCGUAUUUGGGCCGGAGGGAUAACUGGUUUUUCCUGGAAAGGGUAGGGGAAUGAAACUAAUGAAAAGUGGGCUCCAUACAGAGCUGCAGUUGGAGCUGCUAGUAGUACCUGGGGGAUCACGCGGUGCCACAUCACCAGGAGGCACCAUAAGGCUUCAGAUUUGCCUAUGAAGAUUCUAGGCUCGGUAAGAACAUGCCAUUCUAUCGUCCACUUGUAGAGUACGAGUAGAGCUGUAUUGCACCGUUUUCAUCGAAAAUAUCUUGACUUCACAUCAUUCCCCCAGGUAGUUGAUGAUCCAGCUGCAUGAUUUUUCUUGGAUAUCUUUUCGAGCAGGACUAUUGGCCUCUGAAAGAACUGGUCGAAGUCGACAUGGAUGAGCUUAUGCGGAAUAAGGUUAGAGUUUUCAUUUAAGUACUACUUCUACUUUCUUUAUUGUUCAUGCACGACAAAUCAGUUGUGUGAUGCGCGAUCUACAUCUACUCAUUCAUCUCGAUCACAAUUGAAAAACGACCUUCUGACAGACGCGCAUGAUUUCCAUGCUGGCUCCCAAGCGCGCGGAGACCGACCCCGAUUCCCUCAGUUACCAGUUUCGGGUCCUGCUGCAGCAGGCGCUGCGCAUUUUCCCGGACCACGUUUUUUACGACGACAAAACCGACGAAACCUACAAGAAGUCGAUGGAUCCGUACCGCUUCUGCAUGAUUUUGGACGACGAGCUCCCGCGGGUUUCCAUGGCCUACCUGCGCGCGCUGCGGCACCAUUGCGUGCCGAUCUUCAAUGGGUUCUCCGACUUUGGCGGCAUGUUCUACGACGCGGUGAUGCCGUUCGAGGAUUUGCUGAAUCUGCCCGCAUUUUUGGAAAAUCUGAACGAUUUGGACCACCAGAUCGGCGCUUUGUGGAGCUACCAGCGCACACUGCAGGACAUGCUGUACUACCGCUACCGGGUCGGGUUUUUGCCGACGCUGAGGCAGUACGCGUGCACGAUUUGCCGGAUGCACAGGAUACGGAAGGAAACCCGGAGGGACGCGCCUCUGGUAAUAUUGUACUACCACUUCUAUAUGUGGAAGGCAGUUCAUGUUUUUUACUUGUAAAAACUAGGUCAGCAUCACAAUAAAGUGGAAGGAUCCCGAUCUUGCACCGGCCAGCAUUGUUUCAUCUGGCAUAGAUCAUCUGACUUCGCGCUCGAUUUCCACCAACACAGGUGUUCGUUGGCGUCUACUCAGCGUUGAAAAAUGUCCAAAAGCGGGACGUUUUACGCCGCACUUGGCUGCGGGUCUUGAAAAAAUUUGGAAUCCGCUACAAAUUCUUCCUGAAUGCGGACAACGCGGUGGUCCGUGCGGAAAACGACCAACACGACGACAUGAUCUUCCUCGGCGUUUCGGAGGGAUACCGCCUAAACAGCCGCAAGGGGUUGUUAUUCCACAACUGGAUCGCGGCGCACAGCAACGCCCUGUAUCUGCUCAAAAUCGACGACGACAUCUACUUUCGACCGGCGCCGUUCCUGGAGCAGCUCCGCUUCAAGUCGCCCUUCAUGUAUAGACAAUUGGGAUUGAUGACGAUAUUGCUAAUUCCACUUUGUUACGUGGCGCGCUACAAAAUUCACCAUUCUAAUGAACCAAUGUUGUGUUUUCUCUUUCAGUAUCGCGAUAGAAAUAAAAUUUGUAACUUUCGCGGAUUUCGUCCAGCAAUAAAAAUGAAAUUUUGAAAUUUCGCGGAUCAGAUUCCGAUUGUGGGCAUUUGGCUCAGCGUCCUCGUGGUUAUAUUCGUAAGAGUUGUCAAAUGUGGUGACCAGUCAGACGCUAGAUGACUUGUUGCUCCAAGUUUGACGAAAAUAAAAAUAAAAUUUUGAAAUUUCGCGGAUUGCAUCCAUGGAGGAGAAAGAGACAGCCGCAUGACGAUGCAAGUGGAUUUUUUACUACAUCAACGUACAACAGGAGGCGCAAAGAUCACGAUCAAUUUCCUGCAUGAAACCUGUUCAGGUACAUCUGGGGCUAUUUCGACUACAUUUCCCCCGUUCCCCGGGAUCCAGCUGACCACUUUUUCAACCCCCGGGAGAUCUACCCCUACGACAUGUUUCCGCCCUACCCGCGCGGUGUGGUGCGGAUCGUCAGCAUGGACGUGAUUCGGCGGUUCGCGGAACUAGACCGCGAAGGCAAACUGCGGACGAUCUUUGGGGACGACCCGAACAUGGGCGUGCACAUGCGGCACAUUGUUUUCGAUCCGGAUGAGCCCAUGUCGCUGAACUUGGACGUAUGAAAGCCUCAGGUUGGAAAUCCUCAAAGUGAAAAUAAUUUGUAAUGCAAAAAAACGACUCCAGUUAAGGUGCCGCUUCUAGUCGGCGCAUGACAAAUUUCCCGGGCACUCAAAACGUGUCUGUCAUGCUAGUUAGGCAAAGGGGGGCCCUUCUCUCAUGCUACUCAGCAGCCCAACUCUGAACCCGUAGAAGCACAAUAGUCGGCCUCCAUUGCGUUCUCUGCAAUGCAGUCUUUUUGGUGUGGCAUUUCAUGCAUCACAAAUUAUUUCCACGUUGAGGAUUUCCAUUCUGAGGGUGUCAUAGGACGAUAUCGACAGCUACAAAGUGUUCGCGAUGAACCCCGAGUGCAUAUCAAAUGUAAAAAUGUCUGGGUCUGGAAGAAUGCAACUUGUGAUGCUGAAUUUGGAUUCCAAAAAAAUCUGUAUUGCAUAAGCAGCAAAGGGAGUGUAAUUUUUGCUACGCGGAGAGGGCAUUUGUCAUGCGGAAUAGGCAUCGCGAGACCCUCAAAAACUCUGUGAUGCUAGGGCAUGCAUCACAGACGUCAGGAGUCAUGCAAAACGUGCAUGACAAACCUGGCAAUCUUCCAGACCCAGACAUUUUUACAUUUGAUAGUGCAAGAUCCUGAACAAUACGGAGCCUGAAAUCGACUACGAAAACCCGGGGAACACGAAGAAGGUAGAGAUUAGAUUUAGAAUACAAAAUUGUUGUAUCCUUGCAUGACAAACUGAAACUUCUUUAUCUUUUGCUCGUGGUGUGUUUAGCCCGGAAAGGUGUAGUAAGUAAUUAGCUCAUCUUGUGUCCUCUUCGUCCUCGGUUUCUACAACUAGAGAGGUGCAGCAGAAGAGUCUCGGUCUCGCUCCGCAAAUCACACAACAACGACCUUCACGUCGUUCUUGUGGAACAAUGAAUACACACUUCCUACACAGGUGAAGCAGUGGAGCCCGAUGACGAACCGUUCGUGGGUGUUUCACCACGUAAACCACGAGCAGAUCGAGUGCAUGUGGAACACGGACAUUGCGACCGGGUACUACGAUGAAGUAGAACUCUUUCCCAAGCGCCUCAUCCGCGAAGGCUUUCCCAACGUUUGUCCCUGCAUCCAUAAUUACGGGUCGUGGGAAACGAGGAGACAGGAGUUGGAAGCCUGGGAAGAGGAGCGAAGGAGAAAUCCAAUCAUGAUUGAUGUGGACCCAGAUUUCGAAAAGGACCCGGAAGAGCGAGCGCAUCCAAUGGGGUGAAGAUGAAAGGAGGAUUUUUGAAAAAUACCGGAUGUUGACCAGACACCGACGCGUAGUAGGACGACGGUCGUCGUUAUCAGGUUCUGCUUUCUGAAUGAAGAUGGAUGUCACGAUCUCCAGUACCUUCUUGACAGCAAGUGCAGCUAUUGCUAUGAAAAUGACUACAGUCAGCGUAUAUAUAAAGUGAAAGUGAGCAGAAAACUGUGAUGGAUUCUUCAGUUGAGAGAAAGUGCACUGCAGUUUCAGAAGCGCUGACAGAAGUUCCUGAAGUUGGAUGGACGAACAGAGAUUCCUGUAUAGUCGUAGCUUUUAUUUUCUUGAGAUUGAACACUGUUUUUCUUGGACACUUGGCCCCUGUCUGGUCCGGUUUCGAC